AUGGCGGCCACCAAGCAGUUCACGAAGGAGGAGGUUGCGCUACACAACAAGCAAGGGGACCUGUGGAUCGUCAUUGACGGGAGGGUUUUCGAUGUCUCGCGCUUUGCUGCGAUGCACCCUGGUGGUCUGAGUGUCCUCUUAGAUGCAGAAGUCGCGGGACAAGACGCAACUGACGCCUUUUUCGGUCUCCACCGACACGAAGUGCUGCUGCGACCGCAAUACGCGCGUCUCCAAAUCGGCACUAUUGUGGGCGAGUCAGAACGCAUCAGCCCGCGAGCAGCGGGGGCACUGAGCUCCGUCCCAUACGCUGAGCCAACAUGGCUUACACCCGGCUACCACUCCCCAUACUUUACCAACAAACACCGCGCGUUCCAGACGGCGGUGAGGCAGUUCUGCGAGGAGCAUGUGCUGCCAGAUGCGCUGGCGCGGGAGGAGGACGGGAAACCGCCGUCGAAGGAGGUCUGGGAAAAGAUGGCCGAGGCGAAUAUCCUGGCGAUGCGACUGGGCCCAGGACCGCAUCUCAAGGGGCGGAAGCUGCUGGGCGGUAUCAUCCAACCGGAGGAGCUCACAAUCGUCCAUUCGCUUAUUCUUAUUCAAGAAUUCAGCCGUCUCAAUGCGCGCGGUUAUGCAGAUGGACUUGGGAACGGCGCACAAAUUGGGCUUCCGCCAAUCCUCCAUCAUGCGACCCCUGCCCUGCGGGACAAGAUCGCAGGCGAGUAUUUUGCUGGAAAGAAGUUUGUGUCGUUGGCCAUUUCUGAGGCAUUUGCGGGGUCUGAUGUCUCCCGGCUCAAGACAUUCGCGACGAAAACUGACAAAGGCUGGCUGGUCACUGGUACCAAGAAAUGGAUUACCGGCGGAAUGGCCGCGACCUACUUCACUGUCGGAUGCCGCUCAGCCAAAGGAAUGGUUGUUUUAGUCAUCGAACGCGGACCUGGCGUCGAAACGAAACCAAUCAAGACAAGUUACAGCGCUUCCGCAGGCACUGCGUUUGUGACCUUCGAAAAUGUCCUCGUGCCUUUCGAGAACCAGCUCGGGGAGGACGGAAAUGGGCUGCAUGUCAUGUUAGCGAACUUCAAUUCGGAGCGAUGGGGCAUGACUGCUGCGACUAUUUCAUCACACAGGACGAUUGUCGAGGAAUGUCUGAAAUGGGCUACACAACGAAAAGUAUUUGGGAAGCCCUUGGUUUCGCAAGCCGUCAUCCGCUCCAAGCUUGCAGCGAUGAUCUCGAGAGUGGAGAGCGCGCAAGCGUGGAUUGAGAACAUCACAUUCCAGAUGAUGAAUAUGAGCCACCAACAGCAAUCAAUGCUUCUCGCUGGACAAAUCGCCCUUCUCAAAAGCUUCGCCACCAGAACUGCCCAAGAGACCGCGAAGGAUGCGAUCCAAAUUUUCGGCGGUCGGGGGAUCACGCUGACCGGCAUGGGUAAAUAUGUCGAGCGCUUCCACCAUACGGCGAUUUUCGACGCGAUUUUGGGCGGGACGGAGGAUGUGCUGGACGAUUUGGGCGUUAGGCAGGCGAUUAAGGUGAUGCCGAAGGGUGCGCGGCUGUAA